AUAUCAAUUUACAGUUAAAUGGAUCAGAGAAAUAUGAACUAAAAUGUCUGGAAAUGUUGAAGAACAGAUUGCCAAAGAUCCAGACACAAAAGAAAAACCCCAGGAGGGAAAGAAAAAGAGAAAAUCAGGCUCAAAAGAACAGUUAACAUUUCCACCAUGCAAAGUUUGCUCAGGAAAGGCAACAGGGCUUCAUUAUGGGGUCUACACUUGUGAGCCUUGCAAGGCUUUCUUCAGAAGAGCCAUAACAGAUAAAAAUAAAUAUGCUUGCCUGAAGGACAGCAACUGUGAAAUUACUGCAGAGAAAAGAGGGAAUUGUUCAGCAUGCAGACUUCAAAAAUGCUUCAACCUGGGGAUGUCCAAGAGUGCUGUAAGACAAGGGCGCUACACUAUUGAACUCAGAACCAACACUAUCCUGGAGGUCAAAAGGUUAGCCAAUCAAACAGCAGUAGAAGUGUCUGUUGACAACCAGCAAGACAACCAGAAAGAUAACCAAAAAGACAAUCCUGAUGGCCAGACCUCCAGCGACUUCGCCAGAGUUGGUGGGGCCUCGUCAGCAUGUGAUAGUGAUGGGAACCAGACAACAGCUUCAGAGGACCAGUCAGAUUUUGUUCCCGAGGAAUCAGACACUGUAGAACCCUCAGUCGAUCUCUCCUUGCUACCCUGCCAAUCUGGGUGUGGCCAAGAAUCAUCGGACAGUAACUUACCACCCAAAAAGAAAGUUCGACUCAGGGACACUGUGAAUCCUUUGGAGAGUUGUGACUGUGUGGUGACCCCCGGGUCUCAGAGUUUGACCCGGGUCAGCUGUGAUAUGGCUAUCGGUGCUGAUACCGUGACCCUGUCUGCUGAUACCGUGACCCUGUCCGAGAGACAAAUUCAGUGCUUAAUUCAGACGUUAGUGAAAGCUCAUGACACAAUCUAUCCCAACUUUAAAAACUACUUCGAAAAGGAACACCAAAAGUUCUUGGAAGAUAAGUUUAUUGCCAAUCAGAAGAUACAGGAAGAUGUCUUUGGAAUUAAAAGUCUGCUCGAUAAGGAUGAAUUUGAAAAAGUCUACCGAGCCACAGGUAUAGAUGUUGAUGGCCGACUGGAAUUACUGAAAAAAAUGUACAGUCACCGCGAGCGAUCGCUGAUGAAAUAUUUCACCUUUGCCAAGUGUAUCCAGGGUUUUACAGAUCUGAGUAUGAAUGAUAAAAUCAGCCUAGUUAAAUAUGGUGAGCAUGAAUACUGGAUCCUGGGACAUUUUACUCACUACCACCCAGAGCUCAAGGCAUCCAUUGGGAAUGAAAUUCAGAUGACAUUUGAAAACCAUGGCAAGUUAUUUGGACAAUCUCUUUCAGAUGAAAUGCUGAAAAUGUUCAACACACUGCUAAAUAUGAACUUCAUGUAUCAAGAGGUUGUACUGUUGCGAGGAAUUGUCCUAUUCUCAAGAGAUCGCAGUGCCUUGGAAGACGCAGAUUUAGUUGAAUCCGUUCAGUGGCGAUUGAUCCAGUGUUUAAAGUACCUUGUGGAACUCUUUCAUCCAGAUGAACCCCGAAAGUUUUCUCAGUGCCUGCAAAUUCUUGUGGAUUUACGAGACCUGAGUGAACUACGUCAAAAAUCCCAGAAAAAGCAGUUAGAUGAUUAUACGCUGAAUAUUAUUAAGGAAUAUCCUCUGAUAUAUGAGGCACUGGGGGAGUCUAUGUCAAAACUGAAGACUCAGUGAAACUGCCAUAAACUCAGUGAAUACCAUUAAUUUUUAUCAUGUGAUAUUGACCAAAAGAGUAAUUACUACAUGGGUAGUAAUGUAGAGAUAAAUAUGCAGCAGUUUUUGUGAUUUUUACUCUGUCAUUGAAAAUUCUAACCCCAAAAAUGCAUGUUGAAAAAAGUCAGAUCUUAAAAAUGGGAUUUAUACUUGAGAG